AUGUGGUGAGUGUGAUGAAGGGACAGAUCGGUCGAUUGGCUCGCUCUUGGUCGGUGCCCGCAACGGCCAGCUCCUGUCUGACCUUUGUCCCCUUUACGCAGCAAGCACAUUCUCAAUGCGCAAGUCUCGGUCAGAGCACCAUGCUGCCAACAGUGGUUCGAUUGUCCGGCCUGUCAUGCCGAAUCGGAAUCGCACGCUCUGAGAAAGACGUUGGAGAUGCAGCUGAUUUGCAAAAAGUGCAAGAGGGCUUUCAGGGUCGAUUUGACUCGAGCGGAGGAAGGGGACGAGUAUUGUCCGCAUUGCGACAACCACUUUGUGAGUGUGUGCGAACGAGGGGCGCGAUGGCCAGCGCGACGGCAAAGCGCGCCCCGAGCUUCAUUCGUGGCUCGUUGAGGGCAGGCUUGUCUGGACAUCGCAGGAGGCGUUCGCAGCACUUGGGGCCACAACGAGAUCGGGGGCAGUGAAGAAGAUGAAUGACCGCACGCCUCUAGCUCAUAUGACUUGCAUACUCACGCUCACAAUGCCGAUCCAACCGCUUUCGCGCCCUCGAUCGCAUCUUCAACAGGUCGUCAACGCCAAGACGACGAGCAAGACAGAAGAAGAGGAGGCAGAAGACUUGCAGAGGAGGUGAGUUAGGUAGGCCAGGAAAAGUGCCAUGACUAGAUGGUGCAAUCGAUGAUGCACAGUGACGGAUCGCAGUAGCAGCGUUUCGCAGCAGCUUGAUACGACACAUCAUGUGGCAAGGCUCGCAACUGACAACCUUACCUGAUGUCCAUUCUGCCCCCAGCAUCCAACCAGACAAGCACGAAGAGUUUGACGCUAGAACAUCGUUCAUGUCUCGAUAUGACCCUGCCAGGCAAGACGAUUCGGACAGGAUAGACGCUGGAGGUGUUCAAGCCGCGCUAGAAAGUCGGAGCAGGGACGCAGUCUCUGCCAAUAGAGAUGCGAUCAGAGCGAGGGAGAUCGGAGAUGUGUUGGAUAGGAGGAGGCAGGAAGUCGAGCUGGCCGACGACGAUUUGGAUUGGAGCUAA